UCCAUGUAGCUAGCUAAAAACUUCCGGGGUCACUUCGUACAUGCCACAGACAUCAGCAGCAACCAUUAGUUUAAAACCAGUAGAUAUUUUUACGCGUUUCCCUCAUAAUUAAUCAAACAACCGGUUUCUUUCAGUUCAUUUUUGUGCGUAUUUUAUAUUCUGUAACAUGGUGUUUUACUUCACAAGUGCCGUGGUGAACCCUCCAUUCACGAUCUAUAUGGGCAAAGACAAAUAUGAAAAUGAAGGUCUUAUUAAAUAUGGCUGGCCUGAAGACAUCUGGUUUCAUGUGGACAAACUCUCCUCAGCUCAUGUUUAUUUAAGAAUGCCCAAGGGUAAAACCAUUGAUGAUAUUCCUCCAGAGGUGCUGAUAGACUGUGCACAGCUGGUGAAAAACAACAGCAUCCAGGGGUGUAAGAUGAACAACAUCAACGUGGUUUACACACCGUGGUCCAAUUUAAAGAAAACAGGAGACAUGGAUGUGGGACAGAUCGGCUUCUAUCGACAGAAAGAGGUGAAGGUUGUUGCAGUGGAGAAGAAGGUCAAUGAGAUCGUUAACCGCCUGGAGAAAACAAAAGAGGAGCGCUUCCCAGACCUGGCAGCAGAAAAGGAAGAGAGGGACCAGGAGGAAAGGAAUGAAAAGAAAGCUCAACUCCAGGAGCAGAAGAGGAGAGAAAAAGAGGAGCACAAGAAGAAAAAGGAGAUGGAGGAGCUAAAGAGCUAUUCCUCUCUGAUGAAGGGUGAAAACAUGAAAACUAACGAGGAUGGCUACGAUUCAGACGACUUCAUGUGAGAGGGAGAGGUAGACAUGGAGCCAGGAUGCCCACUGCUGCUUUUGCCUGCAUCUUCUCAGGCGUUAAAAUCAAGAACUGAACAAAUAAAUGGAUUCCUUUUGCUUUUGGACACUGGGAGCAAAAAGCAAAUCGCUGAUCAACGAUGCAGUAUCUCGUGGUUCUGAACUACUUUGGAAAUGAGCUGGGUGAUUUCUCCAUCAUGAGAGGACACUGUAGACAAAGCACAGCUCAAUAAACGUCAUUUUGGGUGACAAAAAUCUGAAACCAUCAGUAAUGAGA